GGAUCCAACGAUCGCUUUAUUCUAAGCAAAGGACACGCGGCGCCUAUACUAUACGCGGCGUGGGCUCGCACUGGACUCUUCCCCAUCGAAGAUGUCAUGAAUUUACGUAAAUUGGAUUCAGAUCUUGAGGGACACCCGACUCCCAGAUUGAAUUUCAUUGAUGUGGCGACCGGUUCGUUGGGACAGGGACUCAGUAUAGCCGCUGGGAUGGCAUAUGUGGGCAAAUAUAUAGACAAAAGUUCGUAUCGAGUCUAUUGUCUGAUGGGAGACGGGGAGUCCGCUGAAGGCUCUGUAUGGGAGGCCCUGUCCUUUUCAAGUGUUUACAAACUCAACAAUUUGGUCGCUAUUUUUGACGUCAACCGUCUCGGACAGAGCGAUCCAACCCCUUUCGGUCAUCAAAUGGAUGUCUAUCUCAACCGAUUGAAAGCCUUUGGCUUUGAUGCCCACGUAGUAGACGGCCAUAAUGUACAAGAAAUUGUCGAAACUUUUGAUAAAUGUAUGGCCAUUACAGACAAACCGCAAGCAAUCAUUGCGAAGACAUUUAAAGGUAAAGAUUUUGAGGGCAUUGAGGAUAAGGAGGGCUGGCAUGGGAAGCCUUUGGGUGAUAAAGCAGAACAAGUGAUUCAAGCUUUGCGUCAAAAGAUUUCAACUAAAAAAUAUGACUUUACUAUAAAACCCCCUUCCGAUGUGUGUCCGGUUGUGAAUCUAAAAUCAGUUAAACUGUCGGAACCGCCGAAGUAUAAAAUAGGAGACAAUGUAUCGACUCGUCAGGCGUACGGUCCGGCACUCGUCUCAUUGGGAAAGACGUGUCCGCGUGUAUUGGUAAUGGACGGCGACACCAAAAACAGUACUUUUUCCGAAGUUUACAAAAAGGCGUUUCCCGACAAAUAUAUCGAGUGUUAUAUCGCUGAACAGAAUUUGGUUGGCGUUGCCAUUGGUAUGGGCUGUCGUCAAAGAACUAUACCGUUUUGCUCCACAUUUGCCUCAUUCUUCAGCCGAGCUUUUGAUCAAAUAAGAAUGGGCGCCAUAUCUCAGGCUAAUAUCAAGUGUGUUGGCUCUCAUUGCGGGGUUUCCAUUGGAGAGGACGGACCCUCGCAAAUGGCUUUGGAAGAUAUCUCUAUGUUUCGGUCCAUACCUUCUUCAACAGUCUUCUAUCCAUCGGAUGGCGUCUCAAUGGAAAGGGCUGUUGAGUUGAGCGCACAAAAUAACGGAAUUGUCUUUAUUAGGGCCUCGAGACCUAAUUUUGCGGUUAUCUAUCAAUCAACCGAAGACUUUGCCGUUGGAAAGGCUAAAGUAGUUUUGAAGUCAGACUCGGAUAAAGUUCUGCUUAUAGGCGCCGGAGUCACACUCCAUGAGGCUCUCAAAGCCGCGCAAGAAUUGAAAGCUAAACAUAAGAUUAAUGUUCGAGUCAUCGAUCCCUUUACUAUUAAACCUAUCGAUAAGGAAACCAUUAUUUCAAACGCCAAACAAUGCGGCGAUAAAGUGAUUACAAUUGAA